GGACUUCACCGCACACUGCUCACACAUUAAAACAUUAAAACCUCCGCGAGGGCACAAGCACAUCAUUUUAGUCAUUGCCUCGGCACUAACCUCACUCAAAUCCGCUUUGUUAUAGUGUGUGAGCGCACUCAGCACAUAAUACUACUAAUCCCAGGAUCCUCUGAGUAGGACCAUGAUUUCUGGGACGGUGUUGCCAGGGGGAAGGUGGCGCCUGGGACCUGUUGGAAAUGACAGCUGAAGAAAUCGGAUUUCACCACAGGGACCAAAACAGUAAACCCAGAAGAUAGCGAAGAAACUCCCUCGCAUCACUGUGUAAAGGGGUUCAGGGUUGUAGAGAUGGAGUCCCUAAUGAGUGCAGUGGUGCCGCGCUCCCCGGCCCCUGCCAAGAAGCCGUCGGAGGUGGACUUCCGGUCGGGGGCCACCCUGGAGCAGCUGUCGGCCCAGGUGUCCGAGCUGGUGCUGCUGGAGCAGGGCGAGUUCGGAGACCAGACCGCCUUAGAGGUCCACACUGCCAAGGACUUCAUCUUCAACAUGCUAGGCUUGGUCCAGAAGGUGGACCAGCGCCUCCCGGUGGCCAACGAGUACCUGCUGCUGUCGGGCGGGGCCAGGGAGGGCGUCCUGGACCUCAACCCCGACGACCUGGGCGACUACGCCAAGGGGGUGGACUUUGACCUGGACUUCACCCUGCUGGUGCCCGCGCUCAAGCUGCACGACCGCAACCAGCCCGUCACCCUGGACAUGCGGCACUCGUCGCCCUGCCACUCGUGGCUCAGCCUGCGCCUCUGCGACUCAAACACCCUGUCCCGCUGGAGCAUCUGCUGCCAGGAGGAGAACGGACUGCUGCCCGAGGAGGAGGAAGAGGAAGAGGGAGAGAUGGGUAAAGGCUCCAUCCCUUCUCUGGGUUCUCCUCAGUCUCUGGACGGGUGCUACUUCUCUCCUGCCCUGGUGACAGACUGGUUUUGGGGGGUGGUGAGUGAGGCUGUGGAGGAGCUGAGGCGCAGCCCCCAGAGAGGCAUCCCCAUCCCAGACCGACUGGAGAGGAACGGGCCCCUCACCACCAUCAUCCUACAGGCAGGCUCCAGCCGGGUGCUGUACGACUUGCUGCCUGUGGUGUCCUUUAGGGGCUGGCCCGCCGUGGCCCAAGGCUGGCUCACCGCCAACCACUUCUGGGAUGGCAAAAUCACAGAGGAGGAGGCUAUCUCCGGCUUCUACCUGCUGCCCUGCUGCUCCCCGCUGGGUGGACGUCCUGACCGGGAGUGGAGACUGGCCUUCUCUCGCAGUGAGGUUCAGUUGAAGAAGUGCAUUCCCUACCCCAUGGCCCAGGCGUUCCAGGCAGCCAAGGCGGUGCUGUCCCGCAUCCUGGCCCGCCCGCGUAUGGGCCUCAGCCCCUACCACCUCCGCACCCUGCUCUUCUGGGCCUGUGACCGGCUGCCCAAUACCUACCUGUCCUGCCCUGACCCAGACACCCCAGCCCGCCUCCUCCUCGGUCUCCUAGAUGACCUGGCUCACUGCAUCUUGGGCAAAAACUGCCCAAAUUACUUCCUGCCCCAGUGUAACAUGCUGGAACACCUGUCCGACAGCCAGGCGCUGCUGGUCGCCAGGAAGCUGGCCCACGUGCGCUCAGACCCCAGCGAACACCUCCGCGCGGCCCUGGACCAAGCCCAGCAGGCAGGCCAGCUCAAAAAGGAGGCGGCGGCCAGCACCAACGGCCACAGCUCCCCCGGCCAUCACCCGGCCAACGGCAUCAUCUCGCCCUCAGAGGACAAGCUGGCGCAGCGGCUGCAGCAGCUGGUCACCGAGAACCCCGGGAAAUCCAUCUCCGUGUUCCUCAACCCAGACGACGUCACCAGGCCUCACUUUCGCAUCGAUGAUAAGUUCUACUGAUGGAGAGACGCUGGAGAGGAGUGUGUGUUAAUCUUAAAAAAAAAAAACACUCUGAAAAAAUGCACAUGGUUUGAGACACAGCCAGAGGGAAGGGAGCUAAAGACUGAGAGUCCGGCAGGUGUGUUUGUUCAGAACACCGCAGACUAGAACACUUCCACCCUGAGGGGAAACGCUACCAGUGCUAACACGAAACACAGCCUUGCUGCUUGACAGACUCUUCAAAACCAAAAACAUACACAUGUCCUACCACUGACAGGGAGGGGCGGUCCACCCGCAGAGAAACGGCAUCCGACUUGGCAGAGGUAUCACAUCAGACGAGGCGUCGCUGAGCUGUUGCCACGGAGAACGCCUGCUGCUAACGAGUGGGCCUUAACGAGACUUUUCAGCUGGUGCUACAAAGACGAGGGCCGGCUUUAGUCCUGAGAAAUGAGCCCCAUAGAGAGCAACACAGAGAGUGUGUGUGUAUAUGUACCCUCAAGGGUUUUUUGGUAUAUUACUUACACUUCUAAAGAAAGAGGGGGGAAAAAAACUUCUUGAUUGCUGAGUUUCUCCCCUUUUAUUUUUGGCCCUGAUCAGAGCGGGCGAUUGCCGAAUUCGAAAGGAAAAUCAAGGUACAGCUGAUGUAACUGAAUGUAAUGUUGUGCGGAGAAAUGCCUAGUCUUUGAACAAAGAGUCUCUUCUUCUUUUUUCCAACCGCAUUUUAUCCCUUUUUCUUGACCCUCCCCCCGCAUCUUCUUCCCUUUCUUUGUCUUUCUCAGGUACUUAAAAUGUCGCUCAUUGUUUUUCUACGUAAAUGGCUCCCUAUUAAGGCCUCUCCCCGCAUUUCGACGGCACUUAAUCCUGAUCUGUCCUCGAUUUUCAACGUUUCAUUGUGUGAUGGAACGCACCAAAGAGCCACGUCUGAGCGGUGUUGCAAAGAGCCUCCACAUUUCUAAGUCUCUUGGCUCAGAAUCAGUCUCGCGUAUCGCUAAAGUUCUGACCUUGAACCAACUUGAUUAUCUUACUGAGUCACGAUCAGUGAAUUAAUUUGCCUUUUUACCUUCCAAAGCUUGAAGUAGGCUAAGACUGAAUGAGGAUGAGGAUGUAAAAGUAAUUAAGCUGGUAGGUAUACCAGUAUAAUAGAGUACUAUACAUUGAUAGUGGAAGAUUUUUCUUUUUUUUAUAUACUGCUGUAGUGAAAUCCUUAUGACGCUUGAACAUUUUUUUUGCUUUUGUCCUUACUGUUCAGAGUAAAGCUCGUGGUAUUAGCAUCCUUGAAAGUCAUUCAAAGCCCUGCAUAUUUAGAAAAAAAUCAACAAACUCGAGAAAAAACAGUUUUCCUUAUGUUUUUUUUUUCUUGUAAAAUUUAAGGAUGCAAAUCAGCAGCGAUGAAGUGUUACAUACGCUGUCAUGCCUAGAAUAAACUGAAAGAAAGUUGCAGAACUGUAGUUGGAUCAGGGUUUGUAUUAUAGUUUAGCUACCAUGCGAAUCUGCUUGUCACAACUAUGCAGAGGUACUCUACUAUAAAUAUUUAAAAAAAAAAAAAAAUCCCUCAGAGGGACUUGUGUGUAGAGCGUCUUGUUGCACGGACAGCGGGCAAGAGGGGCUAUUAUGUUUCGGUUUAAACUCCUCGACGUUUUUAUUUGUCUCUCAGAUUCGAUUUUUAGGAGACUGGUUCUGACUUGAGUGGUUCUGAUAAUUGUCCCCUGUCUCCUCUGCUUGGUUGGUCUUUUUUAAUGAGAUUUAUGUUGGUGCGUGUGCGUGCGUGCGUGUGUGUAUCGAGCGACGAGGCCCACAGCAGGACACAGACAGACACCCAAACGCUGCCCGUUGAAUUAUCCCCUCGGCGGGUGUCUGUGAGGCGCCGGGCCCUAUCUUGUCUCGCCAGAUAUGAGCUAUACACGGGGGAAUGGAGGGAUGGAUGGAGGAUGGAUAGAGGGAGACAGGCCAGCCUCUGGUCCUUUUGAAGAGAUGCUGCAGCAGGAAGAUGGGCCUCGCCGGGGCCUGGACAGCUGCCUCUCUCUGGGACUGUCGCUGUCUCUCCCCGCCUGUCUUCCCUUUGUCUCUGCCUGUCUGUCUCUCUUCUCGCUCGCCUGCCUUUCACUUUCGCUCGGUAUCACCGCCCCCCCCAUUUGACCCUCCUUCCAUCUUGUGGCUGCAACGCCCCUUUUAUUUCUUUUUUCUUUUUCUCUCUCCCAUCCCUACAGAGGAGGAUUAGGGUCACAUUCAAAAAAUUGAGUUCUGAGAUUAAUUCUAAUAAAAAAAAAAAGUCAAGUCAGAAUUCUGACUUCAUUCUCAGAACUCUUUUUUUUUUUUUUUUUUUUUGUGGCCCUUAUCCUCUUCCAUGCAUCCAUACCCAUUCCCCAGCCCUGUGUCUAAGCUGUUACACUUUGAGUUAAAUGAUUUCUUCCUCUUCUUUCUGCUUACAUUACUACGAUACAGACUUACUAUAUUGUACACUACGAAUUUAAGAAAGAUGUAUGUCGUAAAAAAAAAAGUGUUAAAACUGUAUUCUGCAAAUAUAAUGGAGGGUAAAUCGAGUUGAGGUAAGUUUUAGCCUCCAUACCUGCUGCGAGUGGCGUUGCAUUGGCGGGAUCACAUGGCGCUACUAGUACAUGAUUGGUGACUGGCAACUUUUACACACUGAGAAACAAGCAAACGAGGCGAUCGCGGUUUACAUGGGCCAGCGUGCAAAUAGAUGAACGUCCUGGCGAUUGGUUUUUUGGUGGUGUGUAAACAUAGACUGCUGCUGGGUAGCAUUUAUUUUUCCUUUAGAUCUAAGUGUGAAGUUUAGUCAGUGGUGUGGUGCAGUCGGAUGAUCCAGUAUUGGUCCUUCGAGUCUGGUUGCUUUUCUGGUGUGUUUACGAUUUUUGGAUAUCGUCUGUACCCGCGGAGUGUCUGUGUGAGUGUCUGUGAUCCGUGGAACCUGACAAAAACCAAAGCAUGCCGUUGAGGUGGCGCGGGGUGUGUAUUCAGCUGCCAUAGUGUCAGACGAUGUGUGUGUGUGUGUGUGUUUUCAGCACUUUUCAGAAAGGUGGGCCAGAUUGCUAUGACCCAAAUUGUACCGAAGUAUUUAGAAUUAAAGAAAAAACAACUAAGAUGGCUGAGUUGUUGUGAUCUCGCGGAGACUUUUUUCCUCACACAGCUAACAGAAGUACUUACCCUCCAUGCCCCCCCCCCUCCCCUCUAAAGUUGUACGGAGGGUGUUGACUUUAAAUUGUGUCAGGUGUAUGUCUCACUUUGUACCUUAACGGGCCUGAUUAGAGAUUACUAGACACAGAAACAAUCAAUGUAUUUUCUGUGGAAAAAAUCGAAUUGUACACGUUCAAAUCUUUGUGGAGAAUAUCAAAUCCUCUGUGUUCCAAGGGCGGCAUCGUUUUAUAGAUAUGCAAUCAAAAUCCCCAUGGAAAGGCCUGCCCUUGUCGACGUCCACUGUCACUGUACUUAAGUGUAGAUUUAAUCGUGAGAUACAAAAAGUGAAGUUAAAUAUCUGCUGGGAUUGCAUGGAAUCCAAGUGACACUUCUUCCUUGCCGACUAUUGUUCCGUAAUCAGCUCGCCGACAUCGAAAUCAUCUGCACUUUUCAUGAUCAUUAUCGAUUUUUGUGCUUAUACUACUGAUGAUCCUAUUUAAAAAUUUGGUCAUGAUUUACCACAGUGGAUAAAUACCUGAUUAAAUACAAUGAAUGUAUCCAGUUGACUUCUCCAAUCACUUCUCUCAAUCGAAACCAGUCAAAUCGGACCGUAUCUUUACAUAUUUCCUCUGGUCUUUAUUCAAGUGCUGACAUCAUAACUUGUAUUCAGUCACUCCACAGUUUUGAAUACCGAAUUUCAUAUCUCUUUUACUACUUGAGUUCUUCCUCUUUUAAUAAGUGCAAAUUAUUUUCUGUGUACCAUGACUGAUUUGCUGUAUUUAUUACUAUAAUUUUUUUUUUGGGCGGGUUUAUAUUGAUUGAUCUGGAAGGGUACUGCAGUAGCAUGAAAUAAAUCACUACAUUUCAAAUUGCA